GAGACUUAACAGAGUCAGGAGAAGUGAGAAGUUGGCUUUCUCGCAGGGAAACGUCUGGAAAAGUGCACCGCUGGAUUUACACCGGGACUCGCGACACGAUUUUAACUUUAACUCGCUAAAAUGAAACUUUCGUCCUUGCUGUUAUUUUCUGGGAUUUUAGUCUGUGCACUUUUUUCUCUAACAAACUGUAAAGAGCAGCGAAUCCGCGAAGAGAAACUCCUAGUUGUGACAGUUGCAACCGAAGAGACUGACGGCUUCAAGCGUUUCUUGAAGUCAGCUAAACAUUUUAACUACACUGUAAAGGUUCUUGGUGAGGGUGAGAAAUGGAGUGGAGGCAACUACAUGUCAGCUCCAGGUGGGGGCCAGAAAGUUCGACUUCUCAAAGCGGCUCUGGAGGAGAUGAAGAAUAAGGACCAAAUCAUCCUUUUCAUUGAAAGUUACGAUGUGGUUUUCGCCUCGGGCCCCAAAGAGCUGCUCAAGAAGUUCCAGCAGGCUAAACACAAGGUGGUGUUCUCCUCGGAGAUUCUGAUUUGGCCCGACAGACACCUGGAGGACAAACACCCCCACGUCAUCGAGGGCAACAGGUUUCUAGGCUCAGGAGGUUUCAUUGGAUACCUUCCCAACAUCAAAGAAAUGGUUGCUGACUGGACAGGAGAAGACAGUGACAGUGACCAGCUGUUCUUCACCAAGAUUUACAUUGAUCCAGUUAAAAGGAAAUCCAUCAACAUCACACUGGACAGCAAAUGCAGAUUGUUCCAGAACCUCCAUGGAGCCCUUGAUGAGGUGGUGCUGAAGUUUGAGGAUGGACGUGUACGAGCCAGAAAUGUGUUGUAUGACACCCUGCCUGUGAUCAUUCAUGGGAAUGGACCAACCAAGCUCCAGAUCAACUACCUGGGUAACUACAUCCCCAACACAUGGACAUUUGAGACAGGAUGCACAGUGUGUCAGGAGGAUCUGCACCCACUGACAGCUCUGAAGGAGAGUGAGUACCCACUGGUGGUGAUUGGCAUCUUCAUUCAGCAGCCAACCCCUUUUGUGACGGUGUUCUUUGAACGUCUACUGAAGCUCCAGUAUCCCAAGAACAGACUCAAACUCUUCAUCUACAACCAGGAAGCUCAUCAUGAGCGUCAGGUCAGCUCCUUCCUGAAGGAGCAUGGAAGCCUAUAUCAGGAGGUCAAGUUCAUUGGGCCUGAAGAGGCGAUGGACGAAGAUGCCUCCCGCAACCUGGGCUUUGAUAUGUGCCGGAAGGAUAAUGACUGUGACUAUUUCUUCACGUUGGAUAUUGAAGUGGUCUUAAAGAACGAGAACACACUUAAAAUUCUCAUUGAACAAAACCUUCCUAUUGUGGCACCGAUGAUAACUCGCGCUGGUCGACUGUGGAGCAACUUCUGGGGAGCCCUCAGUGCAGAGGGCUACUAUGCCAGGUCUGAGGACUACGUGGACAUAGUUCAAGGACGCAGGGUGGGUGUGUGGAAUGUCCCAUACGUGUCCAGUGUGUACCUGGUGAAGGCCAGCCUCCUGCGCUCAGAGCUCCCAGACUAUGAGCUGUUUAACUCUAACAUCUUAGACCCUGACAUGGCGUUCUGCCACAACAUUCGCAGUAAGGGAGUCUUCAUGUAUGUCACAAACAUGCACACUUUUGGUCGCAUCCUGUCGACAGACAACUAUGAGACGAGCCAUCUUCAUAACGAUCUGUGGCAGAUCUUUGAGAACCCCGUGGACUGGCAGGAGCGCUACAUCCACGAGAACUACUCUCACAUCAUGAAAGACAAGCUGAUUGAAACUCCCUGUCCUGAUGUGUACUGGUUCCCAAUCUUCAGUGAUGUUGCUUGUAACCACCUUGUUGAAGAGAUGGAGCAUUAUGGGAAGUGGUCAGGAGGAGGCAAUGUGGACACCAGAAUCCAGGGCGGCUAUGAGAAUGUUCCCACAGUGGAUAUCCACAUGAAUCAAAUCAACUACGAAAGGGAAUGGCACAAAUUGUUACUGGAGUACAUUGCUCCAAUAACAGAGAAGAUGUAUCCUGGUUACUACACCAAGUGUUCCACCCCCCUGAACUUUGUGGUGAGGUACAAACCUGACGAGCAGCCGCUGCUUGUGCCUCACCACGACGCCUCCACAUUCACUAUUAACAUUGCUCUCAACAGCAAAGACAUUGACUACCAGGGCGGUGGAUGCAGGUUCCUCCGCUAUGACUGCUCCAUCCAGGCCCCCCGUAAAGGCUGGGCCCUCAUGCACCCAGGCCGCCUCACCCACUACCACGAAGGCCUGCCCACCACCGCCGGGGUCCGCUACAUCGCAGUGUCCUUCGUGGAUCCCUGAACCUCCAAAGAUGGCGCACAUCACCAGCUGGUCCAGACCAACAGGACACACACUGGCCCGAUCCUCCAGCACCACAGCUGCUCUCUGCAGUUUCUCUGUUCAAGUGGUGACCAGUUAGUUCAUUUCUCUAUGUCCAAAAUAUUUCCAUCUUACCUAGAUAAAUAUAGUUUAUGACCCUGAUGACCCUGUAAGCAGCAGAGUUUCAGCGCUCUGUGGAGCAGCUGCGGGAUCACUGAGGGCUCCUGUUUGCUCUGGACUGUGUGCUGUGGAUCAGAUCGUUGUCUGACGCUGGACGUCUCUCAGGAAAACACCAGAGUUCAGCACAGAUUUAUUCCAAGUGUUUCUGAAAAACAUAGAUGUUGAAUUUGACUUCAGUGAGUUACGCUGACUUCUUCUGUAUCCAAACUUGAUCUUUUCUCUUUCUUAAAGUGACACACCAAAGCCUGUUCAGCCUUUCUUAUUUAUUUUGUGAAUAUUUUAUAUGAUAAAAGACACACUCCCAGAUUUCUUUGCAUUGACAAUAUAUCUGCUUUUUGUGAGAUUUCAUAUUGGAAUGAAUUUAUUUUUUCUCAUGCUCUCACUGAUGUUGCUCAGUUGAGUCAGUAAAAGUGAAACAUACUAACACUGUUAUUUCUUGUUACAAGCCGUCACUGUGCUCUCAACACAAGCAGAAUAAAACGGUGAAAUGAAA